AUGCACGAAGCCGUAACCGCCAUCGCCCACGCGGGUGUAAGCCCUCUCGUUCGCAUCGCCGCGAACGAACCCUGGAUGGUAAAACGCGCCCUCGACAGCGGCGCCCACGGCGUCAUAGUCCCGCUCAUCUACACCGUCGACGACGCCAAAAAGCUCGUUUCCUCCGCCAAAUUCCCGCCAGAAGGAACGCGCGGCUUCGGCUCACCGCUACCAACACAGUGUUUCUCAAACGAACCACUAACCUACUACCUGCGCCACGCAAACACUUCGCUCCUUACCAUUGUGCAGAUAGAAACAGCGUCGGCACUAGCCUGCUGCCGUGGAAUCGCCGCCUUGCCCGGCGUUGACUGUUUGCUGAUCGGGCCCUUUGAUCUUGGUAACAACAUUGGUCAUCCUAUUUUGACUCCGACCAUGGAUAAGGAGUUGGAGGAGGCGAUUGAGACGAUCAAGGAGGCGGCGCAUGCGGAGGGGAAGAAGGUGGCUAUGUAUUGCAACUCGGGCGAGGAUGCGAGGGGGUAUGUGGAGAGGGGGUUUGAUAUGGUUAGUGUGUUGACGGAUCAGAUGGGGAUUACGGGGGCGUUUGAGAGGAGUUUGGGGGUUGCGAGUGGGAAGGUUGAGGGGAGUGGGGUCAAGGGGGUGAAGGGGUAUGAUGGGAAGUAA